AGGGGAAGCGAGCCGUGCGGGAAAAAUUAUCUCAUCCCUGCCGUCAGAUCCUGCACCAGACCUGCCAAAAUUCUGCCACUAGUAGAUUUGGCAGCCUUGGACAGCCUGCAAACGCAGCAACAACUAUAGUCACUGCGUCACUGUAAUAUAUACUGAUAUAUGUAGUAGUCACUACCAUAGACUACAAUACCUAGCAUCUAUAGCGUCUAUAGCUUGUCGUCGCCUCUCUCUAUCUGUCGCCAUCUCAGAAUAAAAAUUUGUUUUAGGAGCAAUUGACGUUUGUUAAGCUCCGUUGUUGUUUACGUUAUUACUUGCUUGGAAUAAAAUUGUUUUAGGUAGUAAAACGAAAAAUGGGCGAGGAUUACAACGGAGAUCGAGAUCGUCAAGAUCGCGACAAGGACAGGGACAGGGAUCGCGAUAGAAGGCACAGGUCGCGCAGCAGGGAUCGUCGAAAACGUUCGCGUUCACGUUCCAAGGAUCGGCGAGAUCGGAAACGAAGUAGUUCACCCAAAAAGAGCCGUAGCUCCAGGAGAAGGAAGCCGUCUCUAUAUUGGGAUGUUCCACCACCAGGUUUCGAUCACAUUAGCCCGUUACAGUAUAAAGCCAUGCAAGCUGCUGGACAGAUACCGGCAAACAUCGUGGCGGACACGCCACAAGCAGCUGUGCCAGUCGUGGGUAGUACCAUAACUAGACAAGCCAGGAGACUUUACGUAGGAAACAUUCCGUUCGGUGUGACUGAAGAGGAAAUGAUGGAAUUCUUUAAUCAGCAAAUGCAUCUAUCUGGUCUUGCUCAGGCUGCUGGAAAUCCAGUAUUAGCGUGUCAGAUCAAUUUAGAUAAAAACUUUGCCUUCUUAGAGUUCCGCUCGAUAGACGAGACGACGCAAGCAAUGGCAUUCGACGGUAUCAACUUCAAGGGACAAAGUCUAAAAAUAAGAAGACCCCACGACUAUCAGCCGAUGCCGGGAAUGACCGAUAAUCCAAGUAUGAACGUGCCAGGUACGGUUCCCGAUUCUCCACACAAGAUCUUCAUUGGUGGUUUACCCAAUUAUUUGAACGAAGAACAGGUGAAGGAGUUACUGAUGAGUUUCGGGCAGUUACGAGCAUUCAAUCUGGUGAAGGAUUCGGCCACAGGCCUGUCGAAGGGUUACGCGUUCUGCGAAUACGUUGACGUGUCGAUGACUGAUCAAGCGAUAGCCGGAUUGAACGGAAUGCAGCUGGGCGAUAAGAAACUAAUCGUGCAACGAGCCAGCGUGGGUGCUAAGAAUCCUAUGAUCGGGGCACAGGCGCCUGUCCAGAUUCAGGUGCCCGGAUUAUCGAUGGUCGGAACGAGCGGACCAGCUACUGAGGUGCUCUGCUUGUUGAACAUGGUAACGCCCGAAGAGCUGAUGGAAGAAGAGGAGUACGAGGAUAUCUUGGAGGAUAUCAAGGAAGAAUGUAACAAAUACGGUGUGGUACGAUCCGUGGAAAUACCGAGACCCAUAGAAGGCGUCGACGUGCCUGGUUGUGGAAAGGUAUUCGUCGAAUUCAAUAGCGUCAUCGACUGUCAAAAAGCGCAGCAGACUCUCACGGGAAGAAAGUUCAACAACCGCGUCGUUGUCACGUCAUACUUCGAUCCCGAUAAGUAUCACCGCAGGGAAUUCUAGACUCUGAAUGAUAGAUUUUCUUUUUUUCAUACUACAUAAUUAAUAAUUGACUCCAACUCCAGUGUAUAACACACGCACACACGCUCAC